AUGCCAAAGCCGACCCGUAUCGCAAUUCGGAUUGCGGUGCUGAUGUUGGUGGUGUUACUUGCUCGCACAAUCUAUCACCGUUGUUUCCCAUCAUCAACAUUAACGGAGCACGAGUCAUCCCUGUCCUCGGCCAACCCUGAUGAAAUGGACGUAGUUCGGUCACAGGUGCCAUCUCCACAGGAAAUUGUGAGGACGCUAUCCCUGCAUAUUGAAAGGAUUGGAUUCUGA